AUGGAAAACAAUAGUACAUCAGAUGCGAGACGAAGCUCAGGUAUCUCCAGAGAUAUCAGGAUACCCUGCCGGAAAUUAUCAACCGCCAAUGGUUCGAGUUCAUUUAGUCGGAAAGGUUCAAUGGCACAGUCAUUGAGACCAAGUUUGCAGAAGAGCGUUGAUUCGCAUGUUAUGAUUGACAUAAGAUCUCCAAAUUUUAAAAUGAAUGAGUCUGGCAAUGAAGAUGAUAUUAUACAUAGCUUAAGAGCAAGUUAUCUCACCGAUCAUUUCCAACAAGAUCAAAAUGUAACUCCUUCUGAUCCAUCUAAGAGAGGUGUUAGUUCACCAAGUGUCUAUUUGACACCCUCUGAGAAAAUAUCAAAUAUUGAUGGGCAUAUCGACAGCGUAGAUGAUCAUAACAUCGGCAAGAUUGGUGCUGAUAUAACACGAGACAUAUAUAAGAUUGCAACAAGCAACAACUGUAAAAAUAAUAUAAUGGUCAAAUCUACCGAAGAUAUAGUUCUAGCGAUGGAAAAUAAAAGAAGACAAUCCACUGCCAGUGGAUUGAAUGUACCAGGUGGAUUUAGACGGGAGUUUAUUGUUAAUAAAGUAAGGCAAGAACAGCAACAACAAAACCAUUUGAGGCCAACAUCAUCUAACUUUUCAAUAAACUCUGAUGCUUUAUCCGAUGGAGCUGAAAAUUUUGAUAAAAUUCCAUUCUUAACGAGAAAUUUCUUAGAAUUUCUCUAUAUAUACGGUCAUUUCGCUGGUGAAUCAUUUGAAGAUGAUUUUUUACAAGAUGAUAACGAAUAUCUACUGUCGACGACGGAAAGAACUCCUUUAUUGCCUUCCCAAAGUAGAUUAUCGAAAGCUGCAAUUCAUUCAGCAAGAGGUACCACUUCCACAGCAAAGACCUUUCUAUUAUUGUUGAAAUCCUUUAUGGGUACUGGUAUACUGUUUCUUCCUGCCGCAUUCCAUAAUGGUGGGUUGUUAUUCUCAAUCAUUAUGUUGUUUUUCUUUGGUAUCUAUUCGUAUUGGUGUUACUAUAUCUUAACAAAGGCAAAAGUAGCCACAGGGCAAUCUUCAUUUGGUGAUAUAGGAUUGAAAUUAUAUGGUCCUUCUAUGAAAUUUAUCAUUCUUUUUUCAUUGGUAUUAACACAAUUAGGGUUUUCAGCAGCAUAUAUGAUAUUCACCGCCAAGAACUUGAAUGCAUUUUGUCAGAAUUUCUUCCUUUUGGAAGAUAUAAAUUUUAUUUACCUAAUGGGUUUCCAAUUAUUUUUUUCAUCCCAUUAUCAUUUGUCAAGGAAAGUUUCUAAACUUUCAUUACCUUCAUUAAUUGCCAAUGUCUUCGUCAUGACAGGAUUAGCAAUCGUUUUAUUCUUCUUAGUUAGGCAUCUAUUCCUAGAAUUACAUUUGCAUCCUGCAGCGGGAGUGAUACCAGGUUUAAAUUCAGAUCGCUGGACAAUGUUUAUUGGUACAGCAAUUUUUGCAUUUGAAGGAAUUGGGCUAAUUAUUCCAAUACAAGAUUCAAUGAAAAAUCCAGAAAAAUUCCCGUUAGUGUUAGGAUUCGUGUUGAUAGCAGCUACAUUUCUCUUUAUUACUAUUGCCUCCAUUGGCUACCUAUCAUAUGGUUCUAGCACAGAGGUUGUCAUUUUAUUGAAUUUACCACAAGAUAGUAUAUUUGUCAUUUCCAUUCAAUUAUUUUAUUCCUUGGCUAUUAUGUUAUCUACACCAUUACAAAUGUUUCCAGCGAUUAAGAUAAUAGAAAAUAAAGUGUUUCCUAGAUUUACGAAAAUAUACGUGGAAGGGGAUGGUGAUAGAUGUGAUGUUGAAUUUAGAUUAAAUUCUGGGAAGGCAAAUUGGAAAGUGAAAUGGCUCAAAAAUUUUGUCAGAUCGAUCAUUGUUUCAUUCGUCAUUAUAUUUGCAUAUUAUGAAGUGGAUAAUUUAGAUAAAGUUGUUUCUUUAAUUGGUUCAUUCGCUUGCAUACCUUUGGUUUAUAUUUAUCCUCCACUACUGCACCUUCGAAGUCGAAGUCGAAGUCAGUCACCAUCGGGUGACCCUUCGAAAUGGAAACUAGUACUGGAUCAUAUUCUAGUGGUAUUCGGAGGUAUCAGUAUGAUAUAUACAUCAUAUCAAAGUAUGUUUGGAACGUAA